UCUGUCGUCAAGCUCUCACACGGAGCUGCUGCUGAGUGUCCGGAGUCUCACUUUCUCCCUCCUCUAAGGACUUAACUUAAGGAUUCCAAGGAAUAUAGAUGACAGAAUUCCAUCCUGACGCUGGAAAAAAGUAUCAGAACUUUUUAAAGCAAGGGCAGAGUCUUCUCACUGCCUCACAGGACUCAAUCUCUGGAUUUCAUUUCAAUCAAAAACAUAUUCUGUGCAUGCGUCUGUAUUCUACGGGAAUGGACGGAUUUUUCUUCUGCUCUCGUGUCGGCGCUCCUCUUCGUGGAAGUGAGGUUUCUGUCAGAGAUGUUCUGAAAUGUUCUCCGUGGAGUACGUCGCAUACGUCUUAACUUCUCCAGGAUUUACUGUACGGUGUACGUAGUUGUCCAGAAGUGCCGUCGUUCAAUUUUCAGUGAGUCGAAUUUGCAACUCAAUUAACCUGUCCUGCAGCUCAUUCGCUCGCCGAAAGAAAUACAUGCUGUUUUGAAAGGCAAACAUCUGUAUCAUUACUCCAUGUACUACAUGAGAUAACGCAGUGUGGGAAAAAAAUGUUUUACUCCACAUUUGAAUGGAGUCUUCUCAGCUUGCUGCUGCUUUUCACGGCUGGCUUGUGCUCUGCGAUCAGCUCCAUAGACCCAGACCGACCCGGAGAAGGCAGAUGCCAGGAGAUCUCGAUCCCGCUCUGCAAGGACAUUGGGUACAACUUGACAGUUAUGCCUAACUUGAUGGGGCACGAGGAUCAGUUAGAGGCUUCCAUAAAGCUUCACGAAUUUGUGCCGCUGAUCGAGUUCGGCUGCCACAGUCACCUCAAGUUUUUCCUUUGCUCACUCUAUGCCCCCAUGUGCACGGAGCAGGUCUCCACACCGAUCCCAGCCUGCCGAGUCAUGUGCGAGCAAGCGAGGCAGAAGUGUUCCCCCAUUAUGGAGCAGUUUAAUUUUCACUGGCCCGAUUCGCUGGACUGCUCCAGGCUGCCUAAUAAGAACGACCCCAACUUCCUCUGCAUGGAGGCCCCCAACAAUGGCAGCGACGACACGUCUUUAAAAGGAUCUCACACCCAGCCUCCCGACUCGCGCCCUCCUCGACAUGGGAACAACCAGGAUCUACCCAUUAAGGAGAGAAUGGGGAAGGACACAUGCGGGAACCCUGGGAAGUUCCACUAUGUGCAGAAGAGCGAGUCAUGCGCCCCAAAGUGUUACCCCAAAGUGGACGUAUACUGGAGCCAGGAAGACAAGCGCUUCUCUCUGGUCUGGAUAGCCAUCUGGUCCAUCCUUUGCUUUGUCUCAAGCGCCUUCACUGUCCUCACCUUUCUCAUUGACCCACAGCGGUUCAAGUACCCCGAACGCCCUAUCAUCUUCCUCUCUAUGUCCUACUGCGUCUAUUCUGUAGGCUACCUCAUUCGUCUGUUUGUUGGGGCUGAAAGUGUGGCCUGUGACCGUGACAGCGGUGUCCAGUACAUCAUCCAGGAAGGCUUGGAGAGCACAGGUUGCACUAUAGUCUUCCUCAUUCUCUACUAUUUUGGCAUGGCUAGCUCCCUCUGGUGGGUGAUUUUGACUCUCACCUGGUUCCUGGCAGCUGGGAAGAAAUGGGGACACGAGGCUAUUGAAGCAAACAGCAGCUAUUUCCACCUGGCAGCGUGGGCUAUUCCAGCUAUAAAGACCAUCAUGAUUCUAGUUAUGAGAAAAGUGGCAGGCGAUGAACUGACAGGCAUUUGUUAUGUAGGCAGCAUGGAUGUCAAGGCUAUGACUGGCUUUGUCCUAAUCCCUCUGUCAUGCUACCUCAUCAUAGGCACCUCGUUUUUGCUCUCUGGCUUUGUUGCUCUCUUUCACAUUCGCAAGGUUAUGAAAACAGAAGGGGAGAACACUGACAAACUGGAGAAGCUGAUGGUGCGUAUCGGGGUGUUUUCUGUCCUCUACACCGUUCCUGCCACCUGUGUCAUCGCUUGCUACUUCUACGAACGGCUCAACAUGGACUAUUGGAAAGUUCUGGCAGGAGAGCAACGGUGCAUGGAAGGCGUGAACGGGAGCGGAGAAGAGUGCACCAUGAAGAGCUCCAUCCCAGCUGUUGAGAUAUUCAUGGUGAAGAUAUUUAUGCUGCUGGUGGUGGGCAUCACUAGCGGUAUGUGGAUCUGGACUUCCAAGACUUUGCAGUCCUGGCAGAACGUCUUCAGCCGCAAACUGAGGAAGAGGGCGAGGAGGAAGGCAGCGUGUGUGUUCACAGGCAGCCGGCCUUACCUGAAACCUCACCCUGCACUGAAAGGACACAAAACGAAGUAUGAACACACUGGAGCUCCUGCUACAUGUGUAUGAGCACAAAAUCUUACACACAACAAAGAAAACACACUUAUGCGGGACACUUACUGUAUGUUGGUUUAUGUCGUCUGUGGCUGAACAAGUUCAUGUAUAUUUUAUGCAAGCCUUAGUUGUUCAAAUAAAAAAAAAAAAUGCAGUGUUCUAAGGACAGAAUGUUUUCCAGACUCGAAUAAUCAUCCGUAUGAAAACAAACCACCGGCCGUUCAGUCGAUUACUCUGUACUACUUAUCCACUUAAGGAAGUUUGCGCCUGUUUGUUUUCAAAAGGGAUCGAGUCUUCUUUGUGGUUGUCACUGCAAACGGCUGUAUCAUGUGCAAUAGAUGUUUCUCUCGGUGACAGAGAGAACAAGACUCUUAAUACUGUAGUGGCUCAUUAAAGACACUAAAGGGAUUUUGCAUACUCGGCUGCGUGUUCCUGUGGCUUUUCUAUGGAAAUGGAGGCCAUGUCACACACAUGCCACACUGACAUUGGAGAACAGCUGUUGGCUGCGGAGAAUGAACUGGCCAUUGUGAAGGCCCUUCAUGACAUAAAGCAAAUCUACAAGCACUAAAUGUUGUCAUAAAAGACCGAGGCCUUUUAAAUGGGGUGUUUUGUACAGCAGGUUCUUAGCCCUUUGGUUUGUUUUGUUUUUGUCACACUGAGCUCUUUUAUUUUCUUUUGUAGCACAACAACUCCUUUGUAUAUAUUUCUAAAAAAAAAUAAAUAAAAAGUUCAUAUUUUGUAAGAAUUAAUAAAAACUUUCUAGUUUA